UGUUCGUAUAUAUACAUAAAGUUGUAAGAGAACUAAAAAAUCGUGAAUAUAAACCCUUACAAAACCCUCACCAGACCUAGCUCACGUCCAAAAUAUUGAGAAAACAAUAAUGGAGGAUUUAAACUUUCCUGUAAGUGAUAAAGAUACAGUAAUAAUUGUUUUUAAUCAUCCGAUUAAUUUUAUAUAUUCUUGGUAUUCAUUUCUGCAGAUCUGCAUACUGAAAAUGGAUCUCCAGUGUUGCGAAGACUUCGCUUCCAGAGUGAAGAAGCGUCUUCGUAAAGUAAAAGGAGUUUACGCUAUUACCAUAGUCCCGACCAAGGGUCUCAUCUUGGUCUCCGGCACAGCAGAGCCUCAGGUACUUAUCACAGCCGUCCAAAAAAUCGGGCAUACCCCCAAACUCUACGCCUACGAGAAGGACCCAGCUAAGGCUAAGACCCAGUUCGGCGCCUUGCUCAAGCGUUACGCCAAUAAGGAGGAGCAUAGAGACGAACCGACACCACCCGCCGCCGCUGGACCUUGCCCGUUACCACCAGUUAGGGGUUUCGGGCAUCCGGUACGACCGACGAUGCCGAUGUUUUCGUUGCCGCGGUCGGUGGGUCCGCCGGGAUGGUACGCACCGGGGGCACUGAUGGCAAGGUACGAGGCGCCGAAGGUUAUGCCAAGGAAGGAGCCGGCGAAGUAUCCGUUGGAUUACUACGACAAUAAGGGUUUCCCUGCACACGACUCUCCUUUCCGAUAUUUCAGCGAUGAUCACGCUCAACCUUGCUCGAUCAUGUGAUUUCAUUUCUUUCUUUUUUUUUUUUUUUUAAUAGGUGUUUUGAUCAUUUAUGCUCUUUUUUUGCUGCAUUGUUUGGUCAUUGAAUACUAUGAUAUAAUUUGCUAAACACUCUUUGAUAAAAUUGCGAUUAAUAAGAACAGAUGUUUCCAGAGGAUUUGGCUUUUGUUUGAUAUCAAUAACAGCAAACAACUAGAGAAUGAUUAGCUGUUGUGAAUAAUACUCUGUUUGGAUUAAUCGUGCUGGUUCC